AUGCGGCGCUUCGCUCGUGUGCUGACCUACACGGCCGGCCUGAUCGGGACAGGAGGCGCUGCGGCGUACGCAGGCCUGUACUACAAUCAUCAGAGAAGCAUGGCGCCGAAAGACACGCGCUACUACGCCUCGCUCGCGGCUGAAAGCGCGAAGAAGGGAUCCACAGCCCAUCUGCCUUCUUCUCGCGAAGCAAUGAUUGAGCGCAUGAAGAGGGAACGAUUCGACGUCCUCGUGAUCGGCGGCGGCGCCACAGGCAGCGGCGUGGCUCUGGAUGCAGCGACCCGAGGCUUGAGCUGCUGUCUGUUGGAGCGCGACGACUUCGGGGGCGGCACGUCCAGCCGCUCCACGAAGCUGAUCCACGGAGGCAUUCGCUACCUGGAAAAAGCUUUCGAAGAGCUCGACUUCCGGCAGUUGUAUUUGGUGUGGGAGGCCUUGGAGGAGCGGGCGCACAUGCUGUCUGCUGCGCCGUAUAUGAACCAGCCGCUGGCGAUUUUGAUGCCAAUCUACAAGUACUGGCAAGUCCCGUACUUCUGGAUGGGAGUGAAGGCCUACGGGCUCCUCUCGAAACUCGUCUGCUGCUUCCAAACAGGCGUUCCCCCGAGUUCGUACUUCCCGGCUGCGACGAGUCGAUUUUCGUUUCCGCUCCUUCCCGAGGACGGCCUGAAGGGCGCGCUGCUGUACUUUGACGGCCAGAUGAACGACAGCCGCAUGAACUUGCAGAUCGCCUUGACUUCCACGCUGGAGGGAUACGUCGACGGCAUGAAGGGCGCCGCCGUCGCGAACCACAUACAGGUCGUCGCCCUGCUCAAGGACGAGGAAGGCAAACUCACUGGCGCGCGCGUCCGCGACAGCGAGACUGGCAGCGAGUUCGACAUCCACAGCAAGACGGUUGUCAACUGCACAGGCCCCUUCUCGGAUGAAGUGAGGCAGAUGGCGGACCCCGCGACUCCGAAGCUCGUCGAGCCUGCAGCAGGGAUUCACAUUGUGCUUCCGCACUGGUACACGUCGGCGUCUCCGUACGGCCUGCUGCUGCCCAAGACGACAGACGGGCGGGUUCUCUUCAUGCUGCCCUGGCAGGGGCGGACUGUGGCGGGCACCACCGACGCGCCCUGCGAGCUCUCUACGACGCCGGAGGCCACCGAGGAGGAAGUCUCCUGGGUGACCCGCGAGCUCGCCAGCUACUUGAAGGUGGAUGAAGCCCAAAUCCGAGGCGACAUUCAGGCCGUCUGGAAGGGCAUUCGUCCGCUCAUCUCGCACGUCCCCAAGGCGAAGCACGCGACCGACGCGGCUGCUCCCGACUCGCCGCAGGCGGAGCAAGUCAGCACGGCGAACGUCGUGCGAUCGCACUACAUCUUGGUCGAUGACGACACCGGGCUCGUCUCUGUCCUGGGCGGCAAGUGGACGACCUACCGCCGCAUGGCAGAGGAAACUGUCGAUGCGCUUCUGAGCGCGCACCGCGACAAGGUCGCGGCAAGCCGACCCUGCCGCACAAAGGGCCUCCUCAUUCAAGGCUCCGUCGACCCGACUGGUGCAAUGCUGCCCAAGGACUGCGUCCCUGCCUCUGGCGCGCUGGAGCUGGAGCUGGAGAAGGCACAUCCUGAGCUGUCCUUCUCGGUGGUGCGCCAUCUGGUCACGAGUUACGGCUUCCUCGCCCGCUCCGUGUGCGAAGUCGCGAAGGAGGAUCCCGAGCUCUUCAAGCCGCUGGUGCGCGACGAAGACCUGCCCUGCCUGAAGGCCGAAGUCGUCUACAGCGUCAGGCACGAGAUGGCGCGCAGCGUCUCAGACGUCCUCGCUCGCCGCACGCGUCUGGCCUUCCUCGACGUCGCCAAAGCUGAGGCGUGCAUUGACGAGGUCGCGAGGCUAAUGGCGAAGGAGCUGAACUGGGACAGCGCACAGCUGCAGCAGAAGAAGCAGGAGGCCGCGGAGUUUUUGAAGACUUUCCGCUACCGCCCGGCGACGUUCGCGCCUUCGCUGUGA